ACCUGUGAGCCAGAGGGAGGGAUUUGGAAUUACCGCGCGCACCUGGAUCCCACAACGACGCGCUUAUCACGCAGCAGUUGUCAAAUCUAUAUGUAGGCUACUUUACAUAAGUUAUAUUUAUAAAGGAAGACCUAUUUGAAUACGUUUUAUCUGAGAGAUAACUAUGGCAACUAGUAUAGGACUGGCAAUGAAUCCGCCGCACACAGAUGAGAGGGCUGUUUUCACGCAGCUAAAACCUGUGCGGAUGUCUGGAGCGGACAGCGCAGAGGACUCGUCCGUUUUUGAGGAAGUGAAACCUGCGAUCCGCUUGGAGAUGGAGAAGUACCUUCCCCAGACUCCGGUUAGCCCUCUCCUCCCUCUCACGGUGGCACCUACAGACAAGAAAAACCGCAGAGAGAGCGCCUCCCUGGUGGACGAGUACUUCUCUGAGGAGAAACCCAACAUGGCCCCCUACAGCGUCAACAUCAACCUCAUCCUACCCAACACCACCCACCUGCGCACGGGCCUGUACCGGCCCAACAAGCCCCAGCAGCACCACCAGGGCCACCUCCUCCAGAACAUUAAGACUGAGCCCGGUUUGGAAGCCUCGGCACCCUGCUCCAUCCAGACCCUGCCCGACUUCACAUCAGUCUUCAGCAUGCCCCAGAACGUCAACACUAUGUUUGUUAAACCCAACAUGGCCGCUGGCGGACACCCGGUUUCAGAGACACACACAGAGCUGCACAUCGGCCCCCAGCAACCGCAGGUCUACCAGAUGCCUGUCCCAGUCAGCGGAGCAGACCUCACUAUGACACUCUCCCACGGCCACCAGUCAGGGAACGGAGGAGGUGGCAACGGCAGAACCAUGCUCAACCUGAACAGUGUCUCCCUUACGACGGCCUGUCACGGCGGGGACGACUCGUCGUUCGCCAUGUCCGAGCAUUUCUACCACCACAACCACAAUGCCACGCAGCAGUCGCCCCAGUCGCAGCCUCACAGCCUGCCUCCGUCACCCCCCAACUCCCAGCCGGGGAGUCCGGAGAACCAGGCUGACAUGCUGACCCCUCCGCCCCCCUACCAGGCCUCCAGCAGGCUGGGGGUGAAGGUCACCCAGAUGUCCCACCACUCCAUGCUUAUGUCACACGGACAGGGGGUACUGACCGGACCCAGAUACAACCGACGGAACAACCCGGAAUUAGAGAAAAGACGGAUCCACUUCUGCGACUUCCCUGGCUGUACCAAGGUUUACACUAAGAGCUCUCACUUGAAAGCACACCAAAGGACACACACAGGAGAGAAACCCUACCGUUGUAGCUGGGACGGCUGUGACUGGCGUUUCGCCCGUUCUGACGAGCUGACUCGGCACUACCGUAAACACACCGGCGCAAAACCCUUCAAGUGUGUGGCCUGCAGUCGCUGUUUCUCCCGGUCAGAUCAUCUGGCCCUACACAUGAAGCGCCACCAGAACUAAACGGCUACACACACUCACGCAAUGACCACCUGGAGCGUAAACCAGAACUGAGUGACACGUCGCCACCAUCUUGAAGCUCCCAGCCACUGCAUGAUGGCUGCAGGCGAACUGACUGACUAAUGGACUUAACCUCCUUUCCACUCCUUUGGAAAUUAUUGUAACCACUACAGCGACACAAAGAUCAAAAUGUCUGCUCCAGAGAACUUGCUGCCAAUAAUGCCACUCUCAUCGCACGGAAUGGACUUUUGAAAAAAACGGGGGACCGUGGGUGCUUGCCUUCGAUUGUUCCAUAGUACAGCUUAUUGUAUGCCUGUCUAUAUAUAUCAAAAGUAUGUUUGUGUAUAGACCGUGUUGUUGUGUGUGUUUUUGAAAAAGCUAAGAAUGUAUUGAAAUGUUGUGGAAUAGGGUUGGUGAAUGCUCAACCAAUAUAACAUUUCCUUAAAUGGUAUCAUAUCUCACUUACAAACCAACAGACCUUGUGGAAGACACUGUUGGACUUGUUUUACAUUCAUAAUAACAUGUUUCCAUUGAGCUGUCUGUUAGGCCAGAGGGUUUAACAAUGUUUGUUAUUAUUUCCAUACCUGAAACCAUGGCGACAAACUUCUAUAAUACGGGCUACUGACAACAUUACAUUAUCC